AUGGAAAUAAGCAUGAAGGAGAACAAGAAAACAGCAAGUGAUUUGAUUAUUAACAUCUCUGGAGAGGAUAAAGAUUCGAAAUUUGCAAUGUCAGAUUCUCCAAAGGAUCAAAACUCAAAAACUUCAGUAGAUUCGCCUUUUACAACAUUGAAUGAUUCGGCUUCUCCUACUCAAAAGCAUGUCCAAAUGAGAUGCCCUUCACCGGAAAUUGCAGGGUUAGGUCAAAGCCCCAAUAAGCGUCCUAAAAUCCCCACGAAUGAGACCCUCACUUCGCGAAAAUCACUUUCAAGGUCAGUUUAUUCGAAGCCCAAAUCAAGAUUUGGUGGACCAUCCAUUCCUAUUGAUACUAUCACAUUUGAAGAAAAUGUAAUAUCUAGUCGAGCUUCACCUAAUAGUAAAGUUGACAAUACUUCUACGACUGGUAAUACACCGAAAGAUGUUAGUAGGACAGCGUCGAUAACUCCAAAGACACUGUUGGUGUCAUCUUCUGUGGGUGUUCGAUUGGAUGAUGAUGAAGAAAUAUAUAAGAAAGUGAGAAGUAGGAGCAAGUUGAAAUAUAGGAAAAUCAAAAAGAAGGUUUUGAUAGAAUGGAUAUUGUUUCUCUGCAUCCUUGGGUUCUUCAUUGCUAGCUUGACUGUGGACAAGGUGCGCCCUUGGAGGGUUGGGGGUUUGAGGAUUUGGAAGUGGUGUGUGCUUGUUUUGGUGACAUUUAGUGGCAAGUUGGUUUCUAAAUGGUUGGUUCAUUUUAUUGUGUUGUUGAUAGAGCUAAACUAUUUGUUGAAGAAGAAAGUGUUGUAUUUUGUCUAUGGUUUGAAAAAGAGCGUCCAGGUCUGUGUUUGGUUGAGUUUGGUUCUCGCUACUUGGGUUUUACUGUUCCAUGAAGGGAUUGAGCGAUCACAGUUUGUCACUCGUAUUUUGCAUUUCAUUAGUUGGACUAUUGCUUCAUUGCUUAUCGGUGCAUUCUUGUGGCUCCUGAAGACAUUGUUGUUGAAGAUUUUGGCAUCGUCAUUCCAUGUCAACACAUUCUUUGAUCGGAUUCAAGAGGCAAUCUUCCAUCAGUAUGUUCUGCAGACGCUGUCCGGGCCAGCAGUUAUGGAGUCAGCUCAGAUGUUGGGUAGAUCAAGCAGUAAUGCUGGUCAAUCGAAUUUGAAUACAUGGAAGAAGGGAACGAAAGACAAGAAAAAGGAGAAAGAGGUGAUUGAUAUCAAUAAACUCCAUCAGAUGAAGAAAGAUAAAGUCUCUACUUGGAGAAUGAAGAUGCUGGUCGAUGUGAUAUCUAAUUCGGGUUUGACUACCUUGUCCAGCACAAUUGAUGAAAGUGUUUACAGAUGUAAUGAACAGGAAGAUACGGAGAUCAUGAAUGAGGAGGAGGCAAUUGCUGCCGCAUAUCACAUUUUUAGGAAUGUAGCUCACCCUUGUUGCAAGUACAUUGAUGAAAUGGACCUAAGGAGAUUCAUGAUUAAAGAGGAGGUGGAUCUUGUGUUCCCAAUGAUUGACGUGGCAAACACUGGUCAAAUUGACAAGAAAACUUUGACGGAAUGGGUGAAUAGUCCUGAAAAUGCUUUCAGAAGUUUUAUACAGCUAGCUCUUCAAGAACUAGAACAAUGUUCAAAACUUGAUGUCUCACUUGCUUUUUAUAAUAUUGAAAUCAAUGAAAAUGCGUGUCUUGAGCAAUGCUAA